UUGUGCUUUAUCAAGAAGUGUAGUUGCAUGGAUUCAAGGUCCACAAAAGCUAGCGGCGAUAGUUGUUGUGCCAUGACGGAAUCACAAAAGGCCACCGGUUUAGCGGGAAUCACCGACGAGUCCAGCCCUAUGAAUCCACUGAAAAAGUACAUAGGACGCCCACAGGGCCCGGAUUCGCUGCGAUCAUGGUUUGUGGCAACUUUUGCUUCUCUUUAUAUGUUCUUUGGCUGGUGCGCAUUCAGUUCAACGCCAGUGUUAUAUGUGGCUCUAAUGAAGACCAAUCCGGAAUUGAUGCGCGAACUCGCAUCUUGGCCGUUCACUAUCAUGUCUUGCUGCUCUUUUGCUGGAAGUGUGGUAUAUGGAGUUCUGAUCAACUACGUCCCUGAGCAGAGCCUACUCUUUAUUGGAGCAAUCUUCGCCUCGGGGGCACUCUUUAUCGCAUCAUACUUCAUACACAGCGUCCUCAUACUGUCCCUCACUUUGGGAAUAGCACAUGGAUUCGGCCUGGCAUGUACCACAUGCAUUCCGUCGGCUGUCAUAUCUCAGCACUUUAUCAAGCACCGGGCGACUGCCAUGUCGUUAAUAUCUAUUUCGGCAUCAUUAAGUGGUAUCAUCUACCCGCCUUUGGCCACGUGGCUCUUUGAGCUUUACUCGCUAUCAGGUCUUUUGCUUAUUCUUUCCGGGAUCUGCCUGAACCAGAUAUUAUCGGUUAUUGUCUGCAAGGCCGCUGUAUGGAAACCUGCCUUACAGGAGGCAGCUCGACUGACGACGGAUAACGUCACAGCAAAAGUCAACACGAUAAAUGAAAGUAUAGGAAACAAACGAUAUUUUUGUAGUGGAUUUCUAUUUAAUACGUGUAUUACAAACGCCUUAGCCAACUUCAUAAUGUUUGCACUCGCUCUAAUAACGAUCGAUUUCGAGAUCGACUGCGGUAUCAAUAGCACUUCGGCCGCAUAUUUGGUCGUCGUUAUUUCCUUUGGCUGGCUUGUAGCUAGUAGUGUAAUAGGGCCAAUUGUCGAUAGGGGUGAAAAUUAUGACCGCUAUGCCAUAUUCAGCUCCUGUAUAAUACAACUUGCUGGUUUACUUUUUAUGGUGUCAUUUAAGGGUGCCUUUUGGUGGCAGUUUUUGGGGUGCUUUCUUGCUGGCUGGGGACAGGGUAGCCGAGGUUUCCUUCUGUUUGUAAUGGUAAGCAAAAGAUAUCCGCCUUCACAAGCCCCGUUAGUGUUUGCCACUAUGAACGUUAGCUGUUUUCUGCCGUUUCUACUACGAACCCCGCUCAUUGGUUUGAUCCGAGACAAUCUCGGGGAAUACGAUUAUUUAAUUCAUAUUUUUGAGCUGAUCAAUAUUCUUUUGGCUAUAGACUGGUUCGUAAUGUCAAUCCGUAAAUAACUGCUUCAGUGUCACAUCGUAGGAAGUUGUCGCAGAUUUCAACUUCAUUUUUAAUUUUAACUUGAAAGAGACUUGAGGUGAGGACACUUCUAGGUGCUCUACGAAAAAUCCUAUGUAUACAAGGUAGUCUCAAACGGCUCAUCGGUAUGACUAUAAUAAAAUUAAUAAAUAUUAUAAAGCAGUACUGUUUCGUCUG